AUGACCGCUGCAGGAGUUGUCAGCAGCACAGCAUUACGCAUUGUCCAUCGUACAUGGAUUGACUAUUGGGAACGUUCACCGCACUACCCAGCCACCCCACACACUUCAAGCUGGCACAUAGAUCCCCGAUCCGUCAGAGUCGGAGGGAUGAUGAUGAUAUGGUCCAAUCAACUCAAAGUAUUAUGUGUUGAUGCAUUAAUGCAGCUAGUUUGUGUUACUCGAUUCCACGAGGUCGAUGCGUGCGGAGUCUGGGAUUCAAGUGUGCAAAACACUAUUCCCCAACCAACCAAUACUUGUGAAAAUGCACCACACCUUGCCGAAGCAAGCAUGAAUCCAGAAAGUUCAAAUCAGGAAAACAUAUAUACUGAUAUGUAUACAUCCAGCCCAAUCAGUCCAAUCAGUGCAAUCAAUGAUCCAAGAAUCCCUACUUCACCAAUCAUGACCCAACUCGGUACAAAUCAGGUCAAGUUUGAUCCAGAAACUCCAACAAAAACCAUCAAUCCGACCACUGAGCUGGCUGCUCGUUGA